CAGACUGCAUGAAUAGUACAAGCUUUUUCAUCUCUCUAUCGUCCCAUCUCCUUUUUUCUCCCGCCCUCUCUCCAUCUUUCUCUUGCUGUUCCUCCUCCUCCCUCUGAUGAACUGCCUCGUCAUGCCAUCCAUUUAUAUCUACAGCAUUGCAAGCAGAGAGGGAUAAGUACAGAUCAGCCUGAACAUCAAAAAGCAGUAGAUCAUGCUGUCUACAACAGCCACGGACAUCCACUUCUGAUAUGAGAUUGCCUGCCGUUUCAUCUCUCUAUCACUCAACCUAAAGACCUUUCCUGAGGCAAAAGGAGUGAUAAAAAACAACAACGUCUGACCAUCAUUUCUUGAGACGAACUUUGGGAUUCAUUAACCCAGUGGGGAAGGAUAAUAGGCAACAAUUUUGAAAUAUUGCUCCCCAUUUUUUUCUGCUCAUUUUUUCCUUUUCUCCUCCCUGUCUGCUGGCGAGGGAGCCGGUAGAAGUCUGCCAAGACGCCGCGUGCCGUGCUCCGCGUGAAGAAUGCCCAGGCGCGCCUGCCCAAGCCAUCGGAAGCGGCGCCCACGCCCGCCUCAGGACUCUACAUGGAACGCUCACAGAGCCGAAUCAGUUUGUCAGCCUCAUUUGAGGCUCUUGCGAUCUACUUCCCCUGCAUGAACUCCUUUGAUGAGGAUGAUGGCGAGACGGAAGGACGGCGGUUGAAGGGCAUCCAGAGGAGCACAGAGACAGGAUUAGCUGUGGAGAUGCCCAGUCGCACAGUUCGCCAGGCCAGCCAUGAAUCCAUAGAAGACAGCAUGAACAGCUAUGGUUCAGAGGGAAAUCUAAAUUAUAGUGGCGUGUGUUUGGCUUCAGAUGCUCAGUUCAGUGAUUUUUUGGAUGGCAUGGGCCCAGCACAGUUUGUUGGUAGACAGACAUUGGCCACAACCUCAAUGGGUGAUGUGGAGAUUGGGCUGAUGGAAAGGAAUGGACAGUUGGAGGUUGAAAUCAUAAAGGCUAGAGGACUCAUCAUGAAACCUGGCUCCAGAGGCCCUCCAGCGGCAUACAUAAAAGUGUACCUUCUGGAGAAUGGUGUAUGCAUAGCCAAAAAGAAGACGAAGUCUGUUCGGAAGUCACUGGAUCCUCUUUACAACCAGCUCCUUGUAUUCUCUGAGAGGCCACAGGGAAAGGUUGUGCAGAUCAUUGUUUGGGGAAACUACAGCCGAAUGGAUCGUAAGUGCUUCAUGGGUGUGGCCCGUAUUUUAUUGGAGGAAUUGGAUUUGACAAGCAUGGUGAUUGGCUGGUACAAGCUUUUCCCCACCUCCUCUAUGGUGGACCCCACUAUGGCACCACUCAUUCGCCACUCAUCACAGCUCUCACUGGAGAGCACAGUUGGGCCAUGCUGUGAACGCUCAUAAGACAAAGAACAAAGUUUUUUUUUUCUGUAAGGGCUCUCAAGACCCUUGACUUUAGAGUGCUGCUUGUGCAUGCCUGUAGCAGCCAUCUGGGGCCUACUAGAAUACUUCAGAAUCCUCUAGAACCACCCAGAAAUUUCAGAAAGUAAUCAUACCUAAAGAAGUAUUCUAUAUUAACUGCACUUGGCAGACCAAAAACAUGACCUGAAGACUGACUGUCAACGAGUUCAUAAUUCACAAUAAUUAAAUUGGAUUUACUUUAUCUGUUCUUCAUUAGAGACCUCUCUGUUUUUCUGAACAUGAGUACAGCUUUGUUGGAGAGGAUAUACAUGAUUUGUCUUGGCUUAUUAAUUGUUAUUAAAAGGCAAAAUGUUGCAUCAUUUGUGUUGAACACAGCAAUACAUCACUUUGUAUAUUAUCAAUUUGUGUGAAAAAGCAGUGCAGUGGAAAUAUAACUAAUGGUUGCUAACAUAUGUCACAGAAAUAAAUUUUUGAGUUAUUGUUAACACAAAAGAAAUGGACAUAAAUUAGAUUAGACAUAAAAAUGCUUGUGUUUGGUACUUGGCUCACUCACUCACUUGCUGUUUUCCCCUUCUUGUUUUAACUGUGCUGUUCCUUACCUGGCAUUACCUGAAGGGUCAUGCCAUAGAGUGCUGCAGGGAUGAUAUAUUUUAGUAGGCCAACCAGGAGGUUAGCAACACCCUGGUUUCCUUGACAAAAAUCCAGUACGAUGUUUUGGAUUAUUGCAGAAAAUAAGUUCUGUGACCAACAAAAGUUUAUGAUUUGUACACAUUUUGUUCAUCAAGAUAAUUUUCACAAAAAUAACACAACUUUUAUGAAAUUUGAAGCCUUAAUACAAUCGCCACCACCACUAAGCUUCCGACAGAAUUUGAAAAAAAAACCCACUACAAUUGGAAAAUACUAUGAAUUGAUAAAUCCACAAGUUGGAAAGUUUGAGCUGGACUACUUUGCAAGAGUGCAAGUAUAAACACAACAAGGCUGUAGUAGAUGAGUUUUCCUGUUCAGCGUGAUGACUUUUAAUGUCGCCGACAACCUAUGUAAUCCCAUUUAGCCAUACUUUAGCAACUGCCUUUUUCAAGGCACUUAAAACCUUAACAAAAUCACAAGUGGGGUAUUACUGAUGUGUUUUAUAUGGUAGAUUAAAACGUGAAAAUAUCUUGAGCUUAUGUUAAGUACAGACCUUUCUUCAGGCAUUUAACCAAAACCUCAUUCAAAAAACCAACUGACUUUGGGACGAUGGAACCGUAAGUACUAAAAUGUACUAAUUUCUGGGUUUUAGGAUUCAUUUUUUCACCACUCUAUUGCUCACAAAACAGAGGCUAACUGAUUUAUCAGGCACAUACAGGAUUUAAAAGGGACAUAACUUUAAUUGUUGUUGUGACCAAUAAUUCCACAUAUUCUAGUUGAGGAAUAUUAGGUUGCUGAGAUGCUUUUUCACAAUCAAAUAAUGUACAAAAUAAGGUAUAGUUCUUUGUAUGUGUAAGAGCUAAAAUAAGAAUUAGAAUGCCAGAAAACAAGUGUUCAUAAAACAAAUGUAAGUAAAUAUCUUACACUGCAUCAUGUGAUAGUCUAGUUGAGCACUUCAUAUGGAUUUUUUUCCCUCAUAGCUGCUUGUCAAGUGUGAGUGGGCCAAUCAAUGUUUUUUUUAAUUAAUAAUAUUAUUAUAAUUAUUAUUUGAAACCUUUAUUGUUGCAAAUGCAGAACUUUCAGUAGCAAUGUUAUAGCAUUAUAUAGUAGCACAGGCAUAAAAGCCUUUCUAGUUUACCACAAUAUACAGUAAGAUCUAGAGUAAGUGGUUUCAAAAAACAAUUUUCAGUAGUAGUUGAAUAUGUAGCAGCUGAGAUAUAUAAAUUAAACAUGAAUAUUCUAUUGCAUUGCACUAGUUUUUGCAUUAUUUGCAAUGGUAAUUAUUCACAUUGUUAAAAUAUAUUACUGAUGUUGGGAAAGCAAAGAGAGAAGGUUCUUCAUAAAAAAAUUACUUGGAGUAAUUAAGCCAUUACAAAUUACAUAAAAUUAAUAUAUAAAUUAAAUUAAUUGCUAGUUUCUUUUUUGGGGUAGUAUAAAAUCUACAACAUAUGAAGCAAUAAGAAGUAGAUAUAUAUCUAUAU